AUGAGUUCUAUACUAGAACUUGUUACUGUAAAUGGCCGGCCUUUAUCAAUUAUUGAAAAUUCGGGAUUUCAAAGAAUUAUAAAUCCACUCCUAUCUGGGCUCAAUUUAGUUAUAAACAAAGAAAAUUUAUCCAGAACUAUUAAUAAAACAGCCCAAUCAAUUAGAGACAAAAUAUCGAGAGAGGUAGAAGGAAAAUUAAUAAGUUUAAAAGUUGAUGCAGUUCAACGACUAGAUAGAAUUACUUCUGAUAAUGGUUGUAAUUUUUUAAGAGCUAUAAAGCUCCUGCAACCUGAAACUGAUUAUGAUAUAAGGAGUGAAUCAGCAGAUGAGGAAAAUAUGGAUGUAAAUGUAUAUAAAUAUGAUAUUGAUGAUAUACAAAAUACUUUUUUAUCAACUAUUAUAUCCUAUCCGAUUUAUAGUGUACGGUGUGCAGCUCACACACUUCAGCUGGCACUUCAAGAUGCUAUAAAAUUAUCACCUAUUGUGGAAACCAUUGCAAAGGCUAGGAGCCUAAAUGUAAAAUUAAGACAUCCCACUUACCAAAAGUUAUUAAAAAAUAUGAAACUCCCUAAGCCUGUGUUAGAUUGCCACAGAUGGCAGUCAACCCAUGAUAUGUUAGAAAGGCUGAUUUUACUAAAACCCAAUAUAGAAGAUUUUUUUACAGAGCAAUCUGGUUAUUUAUUGACUGAAGAUUGGAAAGAGAUAAUAACGAUUGUUGAAAUUUUAAAACCGCUAAAAAUCGCAACCAAACAAUUCCAAUCUGAACAGUUAACACUGACAGAUUUUUAUGCAGCAUGGUUAAGAUGCUGCAUCGAACUGGAAAAAAAUCCAAACCAUUUUGCUCAAUUACUAUAUUCUUGUCUUAAGAACAGAGAAGAAAGGUUUAUAAAGAACGAAAUUCUCUUAGCUGCCAUAUACCUGGACCCAAGAUACAAGGUAUUACUUAGUGAUGAUGAUAAGAUUUGUGCGAAAAAACAUCUUGUCAAUUUAUGGAGACGAAUUAAAAGCUUAACAACGCCGAUUUUAUCUGAUGAUAUUAGUUCCGAUGAAGUUAUUGAACAAGAAGAUGAUUUAGAGAAAUUGAUACAACUUAAAGAAAGGCAGGAGAAAAUACUUAAAAGAGGGCCAAAGAUUGCUGAGAAAAGUAUUGGAACAAUAAUUACUGGAUUUAGCGAUUAUAAAAGAUUAGAUAGGAAGGAAAAUAUUUUGCAUUUUUGGGAGUCUGCUAAGCUGGAACACCCUGAAUUAUAUAUUUUAUCUAAAAUCUUAUUUGCUGUUCCUGCAACCCAAAUUGUGAUGAUAUCAACUUCAAACAUUCUCGAAUCUAAUCCUGACAUUCAAAUCACUAAUUCCUUCAUUGACCAAUUCCUUGGCCUUCCCAAAUCUCGUUUGAUCUCCGGAAUUCCAAGAGGUGUCAGACAAGUGGUUUCUUCCAAUUAUGCCCAAUGCAUUGAUAGGCUAUUAAAGAACUUCUCUUCUAAGGAUGUGUGGUCAGCCUUCCUUUUAUUUGGUCACAAAUCUUUCCAAAUUCCUGCAGCGAAUGGUAAUUCUUUCACUAGGAAUAUUAAACUAGCAUCUUCUAAUGCUAAUUAUGAACCACAUAAUAUCAUAACUCAUACCUGCAACAAAAAACAAUACGAUUUAAAUUUCAAGGUGAAGCUAAUCGAUAACAAAAUUAACAAUUCGGACAUUAAUGGUGUUCACACACUUUCUCUUGCACUUAGGUCAGCUGGUUCCUACCUCAAUGGAGCCUUCUGGCUUAUUUUCCGAUAG